AUGAGUCCGCAUUUUAUUUGGCCAUAUGAGGUUAUUGAAAGGGUUGGGCCAGUGGUGUAUCGGUUAGCUUUACCAGCAGAGUUAGAAAGACAUCAUAAUGUGUUUCAUGUAUCAAUGUUACAACUAUAUCAUUCCGAUCCUUCACAUGUAAUUUCUCCGACAGAGAUUGAGAUUCAGUCGGAUAUGACCUACGGUGAGGGACUGAUAAAGAUUUUGGUUCGGGAAGUUAAACAGUUGAGAAACAAAAGUAUAGCCAUAGUGAAAGUGUUGUGGCAAAGAAAUGGAGUAGAAGAGGCCAUAUGGGAACUGGAUGAAGCCAUGAGAAAAAAGUGA